AUGGGCGGAUGUGCGAGCAAACCCAGGGACUCUGAUGAUAUGCGUCCAGGGCCCCUUCCAGCUGAUACAAACCCCAAGAAGGCUGAAACUGAGACGGCUGAUCGUGAGAGCAAGGAAGAAGGAAUCAAACAGGAGAGAAAUAGUGCAGGUGAAAAAGUAGAGAAUGAACCACCCUUGGUUGAUCUCUCUGAGGAAAAACAGGAGGAUGAAAACGUUUCCUCUGAGCCGGAGACUGCUGUUCCUGCUGAUUCCACUGUUGUGAGUGCCCCAACAAAAACCGAGGGCAUGGUUGAAACCACUGCUGAUCCAUCUCAGAAAAAGAAGGUUGAGGAUGCUGCUAAAGUUGAAACCAUUGCUGAUACAUCUCAGGACAAGGUUGUGGAUACUGGAAAGUUUGAAACCACUGUUGCCACCAAGGAACCUGAUCGCAAACAAUCAGAUUCAGCUCCUGUUCCAGCUCCAGCUCCAGCUCCAGCUCCUGCUCCUGCUCCUAUUCCAGCCAAAGAGGAAGACAAAAGCAAUGCACCUCUUGUUACCCCGGCUCCAGCCCCUCAUCCUGCCAAAGUGGAAGACAAAAGCAAUUCACCUCUUGUUACUCUGUGA